AUGUCUUACUACGAAAACGAUGGCACCUCCUGGUCCGGGCCUGGACGUCAAGCCUCGUGGGAGCAGCCCGCACCUCCUUCGCGAUCUGGAACUGGAUCGGCCAUGUCGCAGCCCAUUGAAUCAACGGCUUUUGCUUCGCAAUUCGAAGAGAUUGAACGCGCGACCGACAACCUGAUGAAGAGUGGCAAGUGGGCGUCUGGAGCUGCGCAGGGCGGUGUGGGAGCCGGUGGUGUGCCACCACGAAGGGACAGCGUGCCCGCAAUGGCGAGAGGCUACGACUAUAAUGCAGACCCACGGUUGAUUGGUGGUCCAUCCCGGCACCAGUCAGUGAGCGAGUACUCGUCCGAGGGAGCUCGACCGGGUUCAGCUGGACUGCAAGGAUACUUUGCUGGCCAGCGGAUUCCAGGAGGGCGGCAAUCUGAGGCUGAGCAGGUCCUCCAGGCGAAGCGCCGGAUGGCGGCACAACGUGAGCGUGAGCUACGCAACUAUCAUCAAGAGCAGCAGUACAAUCGGACUGUAUCAGGAGUGAAAACUGAUCGAUCCAUGAGUCCGAACACGAUGAGUGAAGACGACCGCCGCGACCUGAUUGCCCGACAGCACCGUGCUCUGUAUGGCGACAACUCGAGCUUGUACUCUGCCGAUGGCUCGCGACGUGGCAGUCAGGACAUUCGAGUCCCCAGUGGAGCCAGAGGCCCGUCACCCCUCGCAUACGAUCCAUUUGGUGCUCAAGCUCAGUCCGGUGCAGAAGGUGUGGUCCAGAUGCCUCCUCGCGACCGACCAGAGACAAACGCUUCUCCAGCUCCCAACGCGCCUGCACAACAAUCCUUCGGCCUGCUCAGUGAGCCUCAGCAGAGCAGAGCUACAUCGAACUCGUCUCAGGGUGGGUCGCCUCCAAUCGGUGGGCAGCAGAAGGCUGGCACAUCAGGUGUGAUGCCGAUCGGAACUCGACCGGCACAAGUGCCAGGCGCUGCACCGGGCUUGAACAAGCGCUCCACUACACCUCUCACGCCAUCUUCGCUCAGCUUCGGCUUCAACGCCGGAGAUGCUCAAAACGCUCCCAAGGACGAGCGCUCGAGUUCGGCGGCAUCAAAUGCAGCCCUUGGUGCCAGCGGACUCGGGAACUGGAGCAAUAACAGCGCCAACUGGGGCUCUGGAAAGAACACUUUGGCUGUGCAGCCCUCUGUCUGGGGUUAG